AUGGCUCCGCCUCCUUCCACUGGAUCUCUAGGCGAGCGCUUCAUGCACCUCGCGCAGACACUUCAAUUCGGCUGGUUUGUAGGACAUGUGACGUUGCUUCUUUGCACCCUCCGCUAUGGCCUAUCCUAUGUCACUUUCCACCCAUAUAGUGCCUGGGCCCGAUACUCCUAUCGCACCGCUUUCGUGGCUGCCGCGGCUACCUAUGGAAUCGUCGUCUACAAGGCCUACCGUGCACGAGCACGCACCAAUAGCCGCCAACAAGGUGGCCCUAUGGCCCUCGCUGGAGAUGAGAAUGUGCAAUAUCUAGCAAUGGCACUUGUCUGGCUUUUCGCGCGCCAGGUCCCGCUCGCACUCCUUCCGUUCAUGGUCUAUUCUGUCUUCCACGUCGCGACCUACACCCGUACCAACAUCCUUCCCACUAUCUCCGGCCCACAGCAAUCUGCCGCCGGUGCUUCACCAGGUGGCCGCCCAGCAACCAAAGCUUCUCCUAUGGCUGAUACAAUUGGCAAGUUUGUCAAAGAGUACUAUGACUCCUCCAUGAUGCUUGUCGCUAGCCUCGAAAUCUUCCUCUGGUUCCGCGUCCUCUUCUCGGCAAUCAUCUUCACCAAGGGCAGCUGGAUCCUCCUGGGUAUCUACACCGUCUUUGUGAGGGCCAGAUACAGCCAGAGCAGCUUUGUACAGGCGGCUAUUGCGCAGAUGGUCGCCAGGGUCGAUGCGCUGCUUGCAAAUCAGAGCACGCCUCCAAUGGUAAGACAGGGCUGGGAGACGGUGAAGGGAGCGGGAAGACAGGCUACUGAUGCUACGGAUAUCAACAAGUACGUUGGUGGUCAACAGCAGCCAGGAAUGAAAAAGGCGCAGUAG